AAUAACCAUCUUAUCUAUGGUUGCAAUGUGAUUUGAAUUUGUAAAAACAAUAUAAUUUUUCCAACAUUAAUUUCUCCUUAAAAAAUUGAAAUACAUAUGUUGUUGCUUUCGCUAAAAUUAGAACUAUAUUCCACUAAUUAUCCGAUACUGAAACAUGCCUGAAAUAACCGAUGUUUACAUUAAGGAUGCAGGGAAAAUUUUGAAAGAAAUUCUCAAGCCUGGGCAUGGAGAGCUGGUGCCCAUUGGAACUAUAGUUACAGUGCAUUAUACAGGAACAUUAUUAGAUGGAACGAUAUUUGAUUCUAGUAGGGAUAGAUCUGGAACGUUCAAAUUCAAUGUCGGUGUAGGUGAAGUCAUACCUGGAUGGGAUAUUGGAAUAUGUUCGAUGAAGAAAGGGGAACAUGCUAUACUAACAAUUCAUCCAGAAUAUGGUUACGGAUCUGAGGGAAAUCCACCAAAAAUAAAACCUGAUGUUACCCUGAAAUAUGAUGUAGAAAUUCUAGACUGGGAAUACCAGGAUGUGUCUAGGGAAAAAAAUCGAAGUUUUGAAAAGAGACUUGUAACUGUAGGUAUGGGCUAUUUGAGUCCAGUAGAAGGAGAAUUUGUAGAAGUUCAUAUAUGUGUUAAGUGGAACUCCAAGGUUUUAGAGGAUAGAGAACUUAUAUUCCGUAUGGGCGAUGGGAAGGAUCACAAUAUACCUCAGGCAAUUGAAUGGGCGUUGGGGACCUUUAAAUCAGGGGAACAAUCAAGAAUCCUAAUUUCACCAAAGCAUUGUGUCUACGUCUCUUAUUUGGAAGAACUCGAUAACCCUGAUACCCUUGACACGCCAGUAGAAUAUGAUAUUAAAUUGAGACGUUUUGAAAGACUGUUAGUACCUUGGUCAAUGGAUGAAGAUGAUAAAAUCGAGCUUUCUGAAAUGUUCAAAAGGAGUGGAAACCAGUAUAUUAAGGAGAAUAAAUAUGCCAAAUCAAUAGGAAUGUAUGAGAAAGUUCUAGAAAAUUUGAUAGGAAAAGAUGGUGAACUGAUAAAAUCUGACGAGCAUUGCACGAAAUUGUUACUCAGCAUCCAUCUGAACUUAUCUUUAGCAUAUUUGAAAACCAAUAAAUAUGAAUCGGCCCGAGAUUCGGCCCUCAAAGCCUUGGGUUUGGAUCCGGACAACGAUAAGGCUCACUAUCGAUAUGCUCUGGCCCUCCUCAACCUUUCGGAUCAUGAAAAGGCCAAGCAUCAUUUCGAAAUUUGCUUGAAAAUCGAUCCGAACAAUUCUAGAGCCAGGGAUCUAUUGUCUCAGAGCAAGGAAGGUAUGGUGAAGAGAGCCGAGGAUGAGAGGAAGUGCUAUCAGAACAUGUUUAAAAAAUUCGCUGAAAUGGAUGCUGGCAAGGAGAAACAGGCGAACAAAAACUAAUAUGCAAUGAAAUAAGGAAUUUAUAUUGAGAAAUUUUCAAGGAGUUCAUUCAAGUUUUGCUGUUACUAAGGCUGUAAAGUGAAUAUAGAUUUGUUUUGUUUUGUAAAUGAUAUUUAUUCAAGAAAAUAUUAAAUUUUUGAUAUUCAUGUUUAUUAUUA